AUGUCAUAUCAAUUUGAUUGGCAGAAUUCGAACGAAUCUCAACAUCAGAAUCCAGCUAUUUUGACGUCCACAUCUUCAUCCAUCGUACUGCCAGUUAUGGAAGAGCUAAUUUUACCUGUUUCGUCGCAAGUCGCACUAAGUGAUGACGCAAUGCGGCACAAAGAAGCAAUAGAAGAGAACGCCGAAAUUGUAACUAAUACAAAUGAAAAUUCACCACCAUUGAUGACAUCUUUGAGAACAUCGCUAGCAAUUCGAUGUUUGAAACGACGAAAUGAUAGCGAACAUCAAUCAUCGGAACAAUACAACGGAUCCGGUGUAAAACGAUCAACAAGAAGUGAAGUUUUUCAAACAUAUUCCGGAAUGCAACUUUUAUCACCAAGUCCAUUGCAACAAUCACAACCAGCGGCUAUUUCUACUUCCACAUCUGCAUCUGUCGCAAUGCCAACUGUAGGAAUGUCAGUUUUACCUAAUUCGUCGCAAAUUGCAUUAAGCAAUGACGCAAUAAGGUACCAAGAAGCAGUAAGAAAGGAUACCGAAACCGGAACCAAUAUCAAUGGAAAUUUAUCACCACUGCUAACAUCUUCAAGUCAGUCGUGGAAGCACUGCAACGGAUUUGGUAUGAAAGGGCCGGCAAGAAAUAGAAUUUUUCAUACGUAUUCCGAAAUGCAACCAAUGUCAACAAAUCCAUUGCAACAACCACUACAACCAACCGAUUUUACAUCGGUUCCAUAUUGCACUGAGUCAGCUUCGGUUCACACGGAGCAUUGUUCAAGCGGUUAUGUCAUUAACACUCUUGAAGGUGAGAUGUCAAACGACUUGAACCUUGACAUACCGUUAUACUCAGAAAUUGAUCCAGACAGUACGAUUCAACCAC